UUCUAGUCGUGGUCUUUUCCUAGAGAUCGUGACUUCCUGUUUGUUUUUAACUUCUUGUCACUAACUCUUAAUCUACGCUGAUGAAAAUUCUGUGAGGCUUAUCGCUUGGCUCAGUUUUUUGUAUCACAUAGAUGAAGAUUGACAGGAAAAAGACAGUUAAUAGGUGCGGUUAUGAUCAGAAUGAAUGCAUGUUACUUGCAAAACAUCUGUCAGCAUGCCCAGAUGAUAAGUUGAUUUCAGAGUUAAAACAAAUAAACAUCUGGAAUUAUGGAAAGUGUGAACUUGGCCUUUGGGCCGACGUUUUGGAUCGAUUAGAUGCUAUUUUGGAAAAUGCCGUUACGAAAGUUGGGAAGUGGAUGCUUCGUCUUGAUGCACCAGGGAACUCUUCUCUUGUUGAGGACGUGGUUACUAUUUUGGAGUUUACUGGUCACUUGAUCGAGCAUAGUAUAUAUAGGUACUUGUAUGGUUCUUGGACCCAUAUACUUGCAUUGUUUGGAUCUUCAAACCUUGAUGUCUUGUUGGCUGUUCUCGGCCUGUCAUACAACUUCAGCAAACGGAGCAACUAUUUCAUUAGGUUGGACCCAACAAACAAACAAAUGAUUCUUGAUCGUCUUGUAUCAAUUGCUGAAACUUGGGGUGGGGCAGAAAAUGGAUUCGGACUUGCAGCCUGUUGUGAUCCAAACCAUUUCCCAGAAACGGCUGGAAAUGUCUAUUUUGAGUACCGGCCGGAACAGUCUCCAGGCCGUUCAUCUGUUCCUCAGAACGCAAGUCAUGUCGAACAGUUGGGGUCCUCAAAUUCUGGCGGAACUAUUGUACUCCAGGCUCUUCAUCGCAGAAAUCAGACUCCAUCCGAAAUAAUGGAAGAGUUACUGGCUGUCCAUCCUGUACCGGCAUCUCAACAGAUUGCUUUGUUCUCUCGUGUUCGACUAGCAACUUACUUUGCCGAUCCUGCGCAGCGUCAUAAAUGCAUACGCGCCAGACUUCAAGCACUAUCUAUUCUAUCAUAUACAUUCGAGGUUGAUGAACGUCAUUUGUAUCCUAGCUUGUUAGAUGAACUUGUAGAAGUACUUGGUUUACCAGAUGAUCAAUACAUGGGGAUCAAGGCAUGCGCUCUUCGGACGAUGACUGCCAUAGUGAAUUCUCACCGAUUGGGCAUAAAUUGGGGCUCGUUGGUUGGUUCUACUGGAUUAUCCAGUUAUCAUGGUAUUUUACCUAAUUUGACCAGAAAAUGGAUCCAAGGACUCGUAGAUGGUUCUAUAAAAGCUCCUGCUGGGAGCACAAAUCAGCAUUUUACGACAGCUUUAUUAUCCUUCUUAUAUCAUCUGGCUUGUUAUGAAGAAAAUAUUGGUCCAGGAAAUACACAAAGCACAACUCUUAGCUCUAGUGGUGUUUUGGAUACAAUGACACAGCUUAUCUCUUGGCAUACACCACACAAUGAUUACUUGAGCUAUGUCACGCGUGCUGUUCGUGUGACCGAUCAAAUUCUAUUGAGUAUUUCUUCAAGUCGUCAACAUGUAGUAAGUAUUUUGGUCGACCGAUUAAAUUAUGAAGUUGAAGUCGUUCUUCAGAGUUCUACACCGAGUAAUAAAUCAAGCAUUUCGGAUUGUGAACAGACUUUGAAUACCCAACGUUCUGGCCUUAUGAAAUCUAUACUUAACUUAUUGAAACGACUUUGUUUGGAUGCGGAAUGGGGCGAUAUAGUUCACUCAGUUAUGGAUGGUAACCUACCGUCAGUGCUGCGUCAGAUUUUCUUGAAUGGUUCUACCCAUUUCACUCCACAUUUGUCACUUUUCGCAAUGGAAACGAUUACCAACUACUUGUAUACAUACCCAUCUAGGAUUUCAACCAUGCAGGAUAAAAAUAUUACAAGUGAUAUUUUAAAAGCAUUAACUGAACAACCAUUACCUCAAAAUCGUGAUUUUCUUGUACAAUUACCAGCUUUAUUGAAUACUUUAGCUUUGAAUUCUCGUGGUAUUGAAGCUAUUUUAUCAAGUGGUGUAAUUAGUUUGUAUUUGAAUACAUUAGUUUCACCGGAAUAUUUGUCAACAAUGAAAACAAAACGUGUUCGUGAGUUUAUAUCACAAAUACCUUAUGAUAUGAAUUGUAAUUCAGGUCAAAAUUUAUCGAAUAGUUUAACAGCGAGUCAAAUGAGUAAUGCUAUUCAAGAAUUACUCCGUUCACAUACGGAAUUAAAGCCUGUUGUAUUUAAAUGUGUUAUUUCUUGUCUACGUCAUGUUGUAAGCCUUGGGAAAACACCAGCAACUCUACUUUCUGAAAGUGUAUCAUGUAAUGCAACAGCUUUCAACAUCUUAUCAAGUUCUACAAGAAAUUCCAGUAAUUUCGGUUUACGUAGUUUUGCAGAAGUUGCCGGUAGUGAGCCACCAAGUCAUCAAAGGCAAGAUACUUCAGGUGGUGGUGGUACGAGUCAAUCUAUGCCAAAUGCUCCUUUAGGUUUAAGUAACAACAUGCAAAAUGCUAUUGGUACAAAUGAAGAUGAUGAUGUAGUGAUGUUAUCUGGAGGUGAAGAUGAAGAUGAUUAUAACAGUGAUAUUGAUGAUGUGAAUGAAGCCAGUCAACAGACGCACAGUGGUUGUGAAACUGUACAAACUGGUACAAUUGUAUCAUCAGGUGGUGCAUCAGUUCCUAUGGCUAGUUUGGAAUCUCUUGAAUGUGAAAAGAUGUCCGUUGGAAGUGAUCCUUCUACUACUGCUACUACUACUACAGCUUAUACUGAAGGUAGUUCAGUAACUCCUAAUGUAUUCCUACCUGACUUCAUGUUAAAUAUGUGUAAAUUUCUCGAGAAACUUCUACCAUUUGGAUCGCAUACCACCGAAGCAAUGUGUCCACAAUUUGUUAGUCAAGGUGGUUUACAAGUUUUGUGUGAUUUAAUUCGUAUGCCUGGUCUACCGUAUGAUUUUCCAGUAUCGGCUACUUGUGCAUCAUUGUGUAAAAUAUUUGAAGAUCUGGCGAAUUCAGUGAAUUUGACCGAUGUAACUAAACCAUUGUUUCAGUGUUUAGAGGUUUCAUUAAAUAAACUCACCAUUUUACACACAUCGAAUUAUCCAAUGAAUUCUCUAUUGUUACGUGAAUAUUUAUCUGGUGAACGAGAUGUAUUGCAUGAAUUAGUAGUGAUUGCUUCGGUAGUUUGUAUACUAGUACAAAUGAUUGAACAUAUUAAAUCAGAAAUACGUAUGUCAUUGGCUAGUAGUUGGUUAUCUCAAAAUUGUUUGAAAACAUUAGGACGUCUCUAUUUAGGAGUUUCAUGGGAAGCUGGUAUCAUUUUAAAAGUUCUUUUUGGUGAUAAAACUAUCAAUGAAUCAGAUAUGUUGAAUGGAAUAAAAAUACCUCAACAUUUAUUGAAUAGUUUUAACAAAUCGUUAGAAUCUGAUCCUACUCUUUCAAAUAAAAUUAAAAACAUUCCCUGUGAACCAAUGCCACAAUUUGUAGAAGCUUUACAUAUGUAUUCACUGAUUACCCAAUCCAUUUCACCUACUACUGAUAAUCAAUUGGCUUUUAUAUCGCAACAUCCAGAACUAAUCAAACCAUUAAAUCGUAUACUCCAUGUCACAUCAUUUCUUAUUAAUUCUGUCACGGAAUUAUUCACUGCACUUGGUAGAUUUUUUUCAAAUCGUACACAAAUUAAUUAUAGACGUCGUCGUACCACAUUAUUUCCCAAUGAAUUAAUACCGAAUGAAAUGAAAUCACGUGCAUUAGUUCAAGUGGCUGAUGUCUUGUCGAUUGCUUAUGCAUGGGAACCAGCAUCUAUGAAUCGUAAUCAUAAAGCUACAGCAAUAUUAAAUUAUGCUAUACGUUAUGCAUCAAUACGUUUGACUAAUUUAUUACUACAUGAUUCGGUACAAAGAAAUUCUGAUUUGGGCAUGAUUAAUGCAUUUUUCAAAUUGAAUGGGAUAACACUUUAUUUUGGAUUAUUUCGUCAAUUGAUCAGUUUUGAUUUGAAUGAUCCAGCUAUACGAAAACCUUUAUCAAUUGUCUUAGAAGAAUGGCUUAUAUGCGCAGAUCGUAUGAGUAAUGCAGAUUUUUGUGCUCCAUCUAAUUCAGAUAGUAAUAAUCAAAGAACAACAAACACUGAUACUGAAGCACAAGCAUUAAAUGUAAAAAAGAUUACAGCACGUGUUCAUCAAUGUAUGAUACCGGCAUUGGCACAAUUAUGUUCACGUACAGAUUUACAGGAUUUACUAAGUCGAAAAGCUGUUGAACAUUUACUCAGUAUGUUGGUCACCAUUGUACCGUACAUUUUCAAUUCAGACAAUAAACAACGUUUAAUGGAGGCCGAAUCUAUGAGUGCUGCUCAUUCCUCCUCGUCAUCAUCAAAUUGGGAUAAAACUGUAAUUGGACGUCCAAGUAAUCUACCAUCAACUGAAAAUCUUAUAGAAGUAAAUCCUAGUACACUUCAUCAAACAACACCAACACCACCAUCUAUUCAGCCUUCUAUGCCACAAGAAACUCCGAAUAUGUUUGUUAGCGGUUCUGAUAGAUUAAAUGAAUCACAAAUCCCAUCUAGUGAAUCCCCAUUGGAAGAAACAGAUAAUUCUUCACAGUGGGAUAAAACUGUAAUUGGACGUCCAAGUAAUCUACCAUCCACUGAAAAUCUUAUAGAAGUAAAUCCUAGUACACUGCAUCAACCAACACCACCACCAUCAAUUCAGCCUUCUAUGCCACAAGAAACUCCGAAUAUGUUUGUUAGCGGUUCUGAUAGAAUAAAUGAAUCACAGAUCCCAUCUAGUGAAUCACCGUUGGAAGAAACAGAUAAUUCUUCACAGUCUACCGCAAUUGCUCAAGAUCUGUCUACGAAUACUGCCACGACUACCACUACUACUGCUGCUGCUGCUACUGCUACUCCUGAUGUUACAUCACUCUCAGUAGUGGAUCAUCAAUCAGCGAAUCAAUCCAAUGCCAUUGAUAAUAAUACACCAGUCAAUAUGUAUUUUGAUGUUGAGGCUAAUGUUUCAUCUGAUGAUGUGAUACGUGAUGCGGACGCUUUACAACUUAUGGAAGAAAUGGGUUUUGCUCGUGAUUUAGCUAUUGUUGCUUUAGAGCAAACUGGAUGGAAUGCUAAUGAAGCGGUAAAUCUUGUCAUAGCAACUUCUGCACAUGAUCUUAUGCAAAAUGCUAAUCCUUCUUUAAUAUCUGGUUUACGAAGAGGUAGAGCAUCACGUAGAGCUCAACGUCGACGAACAUUUGUAGCUGGUGGUGGUAAUACAACAACCACCACCACCACCACCAAUGAAUCUAGUCCAUUAAUUACGGAUGUUGAUAAUUCACAAUAUCAAACGGAUGUUUAUGAUCAUUUAACAGAAUUUAUUGAUAAUUUUAACCCUAAUGAACAAAUGGACACUUUAAUCAAUCCAGAUUGUUCUAGUUUACCUUCACACGAAAUCACCAUCACUUCAUCUUCUAACAAUAAUAAUAAUAACAACGAGAAUAUUUCCACUGCGAAACGAUCGAAUCUAUCGAAAUUUCCAUUGGUUAUGAUGGAAUUAUGUAAUGAGAAAACGUAUAAUGAAGCACGGGAAUCAUUGAAACAAAAUGUUUUCAAAACAUGUUAUGCUAUUGCUAAACGUCAUCAAUCUUAUCAGAUUCUUCAUCAAAUUGCUGAAUUAUUUAUAUCGAAUGGUGAACAUGAACGUUAUAUUGAUGAAUUAUUUGAUGUAGUUACAACACAUCUUAAAACAUAUCUUAACGUUUCACCUACUCAUCAAACUUAUCAUAAAUCAGAAAAUGCAGAAAAUCAUGAAUUUGUUAUAAUACAUGAAAAAGAACAUCAAACAGUUGGAUUACAUUUAAUCGCGCUGUUAUUUACUAGAUCUCCAUUAGUUUGUGCUUGUUUAGCAUGGACACAUAAAUUACCAAGUGUAUUAAUACAAUUUGUAUCGGAUUGUGAUAUACCAAAUAAAUUAACUACACCAUCACCACCACAGGCAACUACUACUACUACCACUAGUAGUGAUAAUAGUACUAGUGGGGGUAAUAAUGUUACUCAAAUGGAAGUGGAUGAAUUCCCUACAAAUGCGCCGUAUCAUUCAAAUGUUAUUUCAGAAUCAGAUUAUUAUAAAACAUUAACAUUAGCAUUUCUUGUUUUAGAUCAAUAUGAACGAAGUAUACAAGCUUUACGUUUACGUCAAGAAUGUGUCAAAUUAUAUGCUUCCUCACAUAAUUGGCAUUGGUUUGAUAAUCAAGCUAUGCUUUGGCAUCCUUAUGCAAAUGAAAGUAUGCGAAUUAUUGACAAAAGUUUUCAUAAAGGUGAUUUAUGCGCAUGUUGUGAUAUUGGUCGUCGACCAUAUACCAUUGAAUUUCCAACAAUGACACAGAUUAAUCUUGUCAGUAUGCAUAGACGUCCAGUUAUGCUUUUCCCAUCUUUUACUGAUAAUACAGAAAUUGAUCAUGAAGUGUUGGCCACACAAAUGACACCCUAUGAAUUAGGUCUAAUCAAUACCACAUUGCCAGAAUGUUUAAAUUCAAUAGAACGUUCAAAACUAUGCCAUGCAUUAUUGACACAUUUUCGUGUUGCAUUAAAAAAAUCCACCACAUCUGAUCAAUCUCAUUUGAUGAAAAGUCAAGUAACUGCUGCUGUUGCUGCCGAUGAUGAUGCUACCCAGUUAUCACCAAUCCCAUCAGAUUGUUUAAAUGCAAUGUUCAGAUUAAUGUUACGUUUAUGUUUUACAAGUUAUGAAAAUGCCACCGAAUUAGCUGAAGCUGAUAUAUUGACCAUGUUAUUUUCUUAUCCGCAUACACGAGAAUUUUCACCGGAAUUCUCUUCUUUUGUUGGUGCGUUAAUAUCUGAAAUUUUUGAUGAUACUUCAACAAUUGAUAGAAUAUUAAAAGAGAUAUUCAUUCGUAUGUCCAGAUCUGGUAUGCCUAAUGUAUUUAUGGGAAUUGAUGCUGGGCCUAGAGCUUGUCGUGAUUUAUUCUAUCUGUUGAGUUUAUGUACACCAUUACUUGCAAAAGAUCGUGAACGAGCAGUUAGAUUAAUUACGGAAACAUUUAGUUUAUCUUUGUCAGAUAGUGAUAUUCAAAGUAAAAUUUAUCCAAAAACAUAUAUUGUUGAAGAAUCAACUCCUACUGGUGUUGAUGUUUCCACUGACCGGUCUUCAAUGAUAUCAUUCCCGCUUAGUUCACGUCAAAAGCAUUUACUUGCUCAACUAAUGGAUUUGAUUAUGUGUUCCAGUUGGAAAUCCAAAGGAAAUCAUUAUGUCACUGGUCUACAUCAUGUAGACGAAUUUGAAUCACCUAGAAAUGAUAGUGUUACCACAGAGUCUAUACAACCGCCAUUAUCUAAUACCGGAACUAUGAUUUGGGGAACUGGUACCACAACUACACAGUCUGCUAAUCGUCCAGAUUAUCACAUAUCAACGGAAAACUCGACAACUCAUUUAACACGUAGCAGUGAAUUGAACAAACAGACAGAUUUUGUAGUUUUAGGCAAAUUAGAUGCAAUGCGUUACCUAAUCGAUUUAGUUGGUGCUUAUAAAUCUGUCGGUGAAUUUGUCGCCAUGUAUAAACAUAAACAUUCUAUGGAGCAUACUAAUAAUACAACAAUAACUGGCAAAUCAAACAUCGAUGUACUACCGCCAAAAUGUUCUUUUAUUUCCUAUUUAUUCAGUCAUCAGUUAAAUGAUUCAGAUACAGCGGAAUCUACUAUGUCAUUAUUGAAAAAUUUAAUCCUUAUUAGUAGUGAAUCUAUUCAAGGCGUGAUUAUAAGUGAAUUUAAAGCAUCACUUGGUCGUGUUGCUAAUAGACAUUAUCCUAUUGUAUCAUCAGAUGACAACAACACAAAGACUGAAAUUAUUUCACCAUUAAAAAAUGAUCGUAUUGCAUCGCAUAUGAUGUUUUUAAUGCGAAUUCUUUCACUGCCAUCUCCAUUGAUUAAUCGAGUUUUACGUUUAUUGUAUAAACGUAGAAUACCAGCAGAUAUAGCUAAAUUAAUUGCUGUUGUUGAUUACAAUCUACCGAAUACACAAUUCACUAUUAGUAUUAUGUUACAUGCUUUAGAAAGUUUAACUCUAGUGGAUCGUCAAUAUACUAAAUUUAAUUCUCAAGCGAAACGAUUAACGAAUAAUAAUUCCACUGGGAGACAAGUUAAUCAUGUUGCUACAUCAGUAGUUUCAAAUGAUGAAUCAGGUGAUAUAGAAAUGCGACCAACAAAUAGUGCUGAAACAUCAUCUUCAAUCAUUACUGAUUCUAUAUCACAAAAUGCAAUGCUUCAGACAAUAUCAUCAUCGGAACAAAGAACUGAUGUGUCGUUAGAUCAGGGCACAACUAAUAUAUCAUCAUCUUCUACAAUACCUGGUUCAGAUCAUGCUACUAAUACUUCAAGAGAUUUUGAAACUGAUUCUGAUGAUGAUGAUGAUGACGAUGAUGUGACAAUGUCUGAUCAACAAGAAUUUUCACAUCCUGUACGUAAUGAUGUUGAGUCAACUUUUGAUAGACCUAGUUUAAUUUUAUCUAGUACUACUACACAAGGUGGUAGUGCUUCUUCAAGUCUUAAUCGUGUAUUGAAUGAUGUUUUAGCAGCACAGGCGGAUAUGGUUAUUAAUUCUGAUCAUCAUAAUGAAAAUGUUGUUCAUCAUCAACCUUGGCGUAGUGUAGGGAAUGGUGAUCAAGAAACUCGAUCUGUGAUAUUUGUUUAUGAUGAUGAAGAUGAAGGAAGUUCCGGUCAAGGUGCUGAAGGUAAUAAUAGUCAAGAAGAAGAUGAAGAUGACGAAGAGGAGGAGGAGGAGGAAGACGACGACGAUGUCCUUGGAGAAGAUGAAGAAGAAGAAGAUGAUGAUGAUGACGACGGUGAGGAUGAUGAUCAGGACGAUGAAGACGCCGAAAAUGAUCCAGAUGUUGAAGGUGAUGACGGUGAUGUUGAUGUCAGUGGUGAAGAUGAAGAGGUUGCUUUUGUUCUUAGUAGAAGUCGUAGACAUGUUAAUCGUACUCGACCUUCCGGUUUGUCUAGUCCACGUCGUCGUCGUCGACCAAACGCUUCCAUUUCUGUUACUGUGACAACUAGCCGAGCCAAUAGUGAUCGUAAUCAAAAUGCUGAAUCUCAUGACGAUGACGGAAACUUGCAUACUGAAGGUGCUGAUAUUGUACUUCAUGAUGAUACUCAUGUGGAAGAUGAUGGUAGCUUUGGUGAUGAUGAUGAUAUAGAUACGUUUGGUAGAGAUGAUGAUGAUGAUGAUACCACACGGGAUGAUGUGGCAAUUAUUUCUUCUGACUUACCUGGUGUUAUCUUUCCCACUGAUAAUCGUGGUUCUCAUGGAAGCCAUUCAGUUGCAGCUGUAGUCGAAGAAACUCUCCGUCGAGUAGUUGCUCCACCUUUGAAUGUAAUCUCAUCGAAUGGUUUAAGAGAACUUGGAACAAAUAGUUUAUCAGCUUUAAAUGUUCACUCACGAGGAGGUUCUUCCGGUAAUUGGGAUUAUCUUCUACCGGCUUUUACGAAUUUAAUUGCUCGUCAAAGUUCCCGACACAUUCCUAUUGAUGGUGAUUCUAAUCUACCAACAAGUACUACUAUAUUCCGUUUUGGUCCUGAAGCAUCGGUAUUUGUCGGUGGAAAUAAUGCAACACGUUUAGGAUCUGGUGUGAAUUUUGUUUAUUCUUCAAAUAGUCAAUUAGCUCCUAAUACUUCUCAAUCUGCUCAAAUAUUACCAGCUGCUACUUUAGCAAAUCAACAUCCUUUACUUCAGGUACCAAUUACCACUGGAGCUAAUUCUACCCUUUCAACAAUUAACACUGGAAUAUCCAGUCAUAGUACACCUCUCAAUAACAUUAGUGGCUUACGUGUAUUUGGCGUUCUACCGCGACCACAAAACGUUCCUCCCCACUAUGGUACUCGCCAUCGAAUUACAGGUUCGUCUGGAUCACAUGUUUCAUCAGGUCUUACUGGUUUACGUCAUCAUACUACAUUUAGCCGAAUUUUUAAUACCGAUUCUGAACCGGAUACUGUUAAUUCAGGUGGAUCUAACAAUCUGUCUCGAAGUCAACUUGCUACGGAUGUUAGUAGUCUAAGUUUAAACCGGCCAAUAAUUGCGGAUGCUGUUUCAAUGUCACCGGUAAAUCGUGUAUUUUACGUUCCACCAUCGAUCCCACAACAACAACAAUAUCCGCCAUCUUAUGGUAGUCGUCAUCGAUUUCCAGGCACAACUGUAUCUCACUUGCCUUCAACUUCUGGUAGUGGUUCGCGUCAUCCAACAACCACAUUCAGUAGAUCAUGUAAUGCCGAAUCAGAACCAGAUUCGAAUAAUCCAAAUGAAUACAGCAGCAGUGGUAGCCAAAUUGGCUGUCAAAUUACUACGGAUGCUCGUGAUAAUCGCUCUGGUCCAGAAGCGAAUGCACUUGUAUGGACUAUGUUAACAAGUUUAGCCGAAGAUCAACCUUCUCCUGUCAAUUCUGCACUAACUGCAGCUAUAUUUUCUAGAUUUCUUUCACAAGGACAAACUAGUCGAAGUCAACCGGGAAUAAUGGAUAUUCGUUCCAGAGGAUUAACUCCUUAUGCAGGCUAUGCUCUACCACCGCAUUAUCGACGAUGGACCAAUCUAUCCCGAAUGCUGUUCGGGCAUGAAAUUAUGGAUCUUAUUCUGUUUGGUCGUUAUCAUAUUUAUAAAGUACUUGAACAGAAACGUCAUGAAUUAUUCAAUCUACGUAUUGCAGAAAAUGAAGUAGUCUGUUCACCUGAAGUUACUAGCUCACUAAAUGAACCGACAGUUGCAGCUCCAGCAUUGGCUUCUACCAAUGAAAAUGUGACUGAAUCAGCGGAAACAUUUGUAACAUUUGCCACUCCGCUUGUUACUUGUGUGUCAACAUCGGAAAAUGCUGGUUACAGUCAAGAAUCAUCCAUCGACUUACAACAACCACAACAAACUGUUGAUGCAAUCGAUGGUGUAGAGACCAUUAAUCAAAUUAAUCCAGAUGUAUGUGUUGUGAGUGAAGCAUCUGAAAUAUCAAUUUCAUCAGAAUUAUCUGCUGUAAAUCCAACUAUUUCAUCUGGUCAAAAUGAAUCAGAGCCUACAAAUCCUGUCACAUCUAAUGAUACUCCUGCCACUACUACUACUACGACGACUGCUACUCCUGUUACUACUACCGACACUUCCACUGCGCCACCGCCGCCACCUUCAUCAGCAACAAGAUCACUUGUAAUGACUGAUGAAGAAACUAUUCAAUCAUUAGUAGAAGGUGGAAUGGAUCCAUCAUUUUUAGAUGCAUUACCGGAAGAAAUGCGACAAGAAGUCAUAGCAGAUCAUCGUUAUGCAAGACAAGUUCAACAACGUAUUAAUUCUAUGAGUUUACCGGUACAUAUUAAUUCAGAAUGGUUAACUGGACUACCACCGCAUAUUCAAGAAGAGGUUCUAGCUCAAUUUCGUCAAGAGCAGCAGCAGCAACAGCAACAGUCUUCCACUCAACAACCAUCCACUACAACAACAACCAGUACAUCUGGUGAAACUAGUACAACUGAUCAAUCGAAUGCUCCGCCUACAACUACAACAACAACAACAACACAAAAUGCCACUGAUAGUAGUAAUACUGCAUUCCUUGUCUCACUUCCACCAUCUGUACUUCGUGAAGUAUUAGCUGAUAUGGAUGAAUCACAAUUGGAAACACUUCCACAGUAUUUAGUUGUAGAAGCAAAUCGUCUACGUAGAGAGCAUGAAGAACGUUAUGCUCGAGCUGUACAAAAUGGUAUUUUUGCACAUUCCAAUGAUUCACGACCUUAUCAUAUUUGGCGUAAUUUCACUACGAAUUCUGGUUUAUUAAGUGGUAGUGGUUUUGGAGUUGGUGGUGGUGGUAGUGGCGGUGGUGGUGGUGGUGGACAAGGACGUUGGAUUGUUCGAUUUCAUUCAAAUGAUCAAAUUGUUGUACAUCCUAAUCAUAUUGAUAGUGGUACAGCAUUAAAUUUAAAUAAUGCUCUAGGUAUUCGUACAAUGGCUGGUUUAUCUAGUCGUGAAUUAAUUGAUCAUGAAGGAUUAACAUGUAUAAUUGUAUUAUUGGUAGCUAGUUCAUCUGGGGCAAAUCAAAGACAAAAUAUUAUACCAACAGUGAAAAAAGUUCUACGUAAUCUAUCCUGUCAUUCGGCUACACGAAAUUGGAUUGUAAGCACUAUCAUAUCUUUAUUUAAUGGAUUGUCAGAAAAACCAUCUCCCCACAUACAGUUAACUUCUCCGAAUUUUAUAUCAAACAUAGAAGAAUGUGAACCAAUACCAAGUACUUCAAAUGAUCUUGGGGGGAUAUCAUCUUCUUCUACAAUCACUGCUUCUGAAAGUGAAUUUCAAUAUUCUACAAGACCAAUGUCUAAUCACACAUUAUUCCAUACUGGAUUUGAAGCUGCAUUAGGUUGUUGGGUCAGGAUAUUUCAUCCUAUUCCUCAAAAUCAAACUCAUACAUCUCCAUAUCUUCAUAGUGAUUCUAAUACUGUUGUAUGCAAAGAUACAUCUUCAGUUACUCCUAUCCGUUAUAUUAUACAUCCUCAAGCAGCAGUUUCUGUUGCUAGUGUCCUGUUGGAAACUUUGAAUGAAUUAACACGUGCAUUUCCAUCACAUUUUUAUCCAUCAGAAGUAUGUCAAUCGGCUGGAACUUCUCAUAGUACUGAUAUUGUGUAUACAUCAUUCUGGGAUAUAUUCAAUCGACUUUCUCAAUCGAAUCUAACAUCAACAAAUGUUGGAUCUACUCCUACUACUGCUACUAGUACACGAUCUGUAACUCGACGAACAAAAACUUCAUCAUCAUCACGUAAACGACCUGUUUCGAUUUCGGACAAACAACAAACCAUGGAUUCAGAGUCAAAAACAAGUAACAAUCAACCAUGUCAUAGAUUAUCUAGUUCAAGUGCAACAACCACAACGGCAACCACCACAACAACAACAACAACCAGUGAACCAUUAUCAUCAUCAUCUUAUUCAGCCGUCGAUGUAUUAGACAAUACUUCCAUGAUGAAAGAAAUAACCAGUGAUGUACAAUACACUAACAGCAAUAACAAUCCGAAAUCUCUUAUUCAAACCAAUACUCCAAUGAAUUGUUUCACUGCUCUAUCAGAAUUACUUUGUCAUCAAUUAUUACAUGAUCGACCAAGUCAUCAAGAACGUUUAAUUACUAUACUGGCUGGAAUUGUUAAAGAUUUCUUACUUAGUCAAUCACAUUCAAAUAUAUCAGUAGCACAAUCUACCACUCAUUCAACUAAUCUUGUUGCACCACCACCAACUACUGUCAAUACUAUUUUAACAGAUACAAAUCAACAAAAUCCAACUGAUCUUUCAUCACAACAACAACAACAACAACAACCGACCAUUGAGGUACAAUCAACUCAAAUUGUAGAGAAUACACCUACAUCAAUGCCAGAAAAUCAAUCAGCAUCAUCAUCUUCAGCAUCUACGUCAACUGAACCACCAAUAUCCAAUUAUUCAUCAUCAACAACAACCACAUCAUCAUCAUCAACAAAUAAUAAUUUAAUGAAUCCUCUCCGGUCACAAGUGAUUGAAACUUUAUGUCAACUUGUAUUAGUUCCAAAAUUUUCUGAAGCUGCACGUAUUAUGACUACACAAUUGAUUACUGAUUUAGCGCAUGCAAAUCAAACUAUGAAAGAAUUAAUUUUACGUUUAUUAUCAAUUACAGCUGGUCAAUUGAUUUCUAUUAUAUCUGAUCAAUUACAGUGUCUUGUAUCUGAAGUUGACAAACGACUCAAACUUAAACCAUUCGAUUCACUUUCAAAAGAUGAUCCAUACAAGCCAUCUACAUCACGUUAUGCACCUGAGAUAAGUCGUAUCUCUUCAUAUGAUGUUCUACCUGAUCGUUUUGGUAUACCUGGACAAAUGGUCAUUGUAUCCAGUAGUAGUAGUAAUAAUAAUGAUACACGUACACAAUCGACAAUGAAAUUUUCUGAUUUACAAUUAAAUUCUUCCGAAGUAUUCACUUCUCCCAAUAAUGAUCAAUGUCGUCUACGUGGUAUUUUAGGCUUAAUGUUACGUGUAGCCGCUGGUGAUAGUUCAUUAAUUGGUUCUAAUCCAAUACCUGUGACAUCAGAUGAUUUAUUACUGUCUGUACCUGGUAUUAAUGAAUUUUGGAAUCAUUUAUGUCAAGCAUUUGAAAAACUACAAGCUUUAAAUGAUCAAAAUGCUGUCUUGUUGUUACAACCACUGUUGGAAGUAUUUUGUUUAGCUCAUAUACAUUUAGUGAAAGAAACUAUUUUACUACGUCAACGUUCUACAAAUAGUCGGUCGAGUCGUACUAAUCAUUCAUGUUCUUCUGCUGGUACGCUAAGCCUUAUUGAUAUGGUUCCGUUGUUGCAUAUGUGUGUUGAUUCGGCAUCGAAUUCAGAUGUUGAUGCAAAUAAAGCAUCGACAACUGAUCAUCUUGGACAUUUAUAUUUUGAUCUUGGUGGACCUCAAUCUCCUAAUAGUAGUGGUGUGACUACAGGAGAAGAUGAUCUACCAGCGACAGAAUGUACACUAGCAAGUUGUUCUGCAACAACAACAACAACAACAUCACAAAGUCCAUUUUCACGAAAUCCUAUCAUUGAAUUUGCUGAUAAAUAUCGUCGUGGUUUAAGUCAAGUAUUGCGUCAAUAUGGUGCAAAUAUAGGUGAAUCACCGUUUGCUGUAUUUUUAGCUUAUCCUCGUGUGCUGGAUUUCGAUGUGAAACGUCGUUUCUUCCGACAACAAUUACAAUCACUAUCGAAUCGUUCCACGUCGAGUAAUCGAUAUGAUGAUGAUCCGAUCACUGUGUCAAGAGAUCGGAUAUUUGAAGAUAGUUAUGCUAGAUUGCAUAGAAAAUCGGUGAAUGAAUGGAAACAUAAAUUUGUGAUUCGUUUCCAAAACGAAGAAGGACAAGAUGCUGGUGGUCCAUUAAGAGAAUGGUUUUUAUUAAUGAGUCGUGAAAUUUUCAAUCCAAAUUAUUGUUUAUUUCGUGUAUCACCAGCAGAUCGUGUCACUUAUACUAUUAAUCCAAGUUCAUACAUAAAUAGUAAUCAUUUGUCAUAUUUUAAAUUUGUUGGACGUUUUAUUGCUAAAGCAAUUAAUGAUAAUAAAUUAUUGGAAUGUUAUUUUACACGAGCAUUUUAUAAGCAUAUUUUGGGUGUACCUGUUAAAUGCUCUGAUUUAGAAAGUGAAGAUUAUGAAUUUUUCAAAGGAUUAGAAUUUCUUUUAAGUCAUAAUGUAUCUGAUUUGGGUUAUGAAUUAACUUUUAGCACUGAGAUCAAUGAAUUUGGCAAAACUGAUACACGUGAUCUCAUUGAAAAUGGUCAAAAUGUCCCAGUCACCGAAGCCAAUAAAAAAGAAUAUGUACGUUUAGUAUGUCAAGAACGUAUGACUGGUGCUAUUCGUCAACAACUUGAUGCAUUCUUACAUGGUUUCUAUGAUAUUAUUCCAAAACGUAUGAUUAGUAUAUUUAAUGAACAAGAAUUAGAAUUGUUGAUUAGUGGUCUACCAAAUAUUGAUAUAGUUGAUUUAAAGGCGAAUACAACUUAUUCAAAAUAUCAACCGAAUUCACCACAAAUUGAAUGGUUUUGGCAAGCAUUGGAGUCAUUUGAUCAAGAGGAUUUAGCACGUUUCUUACAAUUUGUUACAGGAACUAGUAAAGUUCCAUUAGGUGGUUUUGUGAAUUUAGAAGGUAUGCAUGGUCCAACUAAAUUUCAAAUUAGUCGUGCAUCUGUUUCAAGUACUAAUCAUUUACCAUCUGCACAUACAUGUUUCAAUACACUUGUAUUACCAGCCUAUGAAAGCUAUGAACAAUUAAGAUCAAGACUUUUAAUGGCUAUACGUGAAUGCAGUGAAGGCUAUGGAAUGGCUUAAUCAUCGCAUUCUAAUGUAUUUUCUGUGUUUCACAUUUCUAUCUUCACCUCUUUGUGUGUUCUUUUUCGAAAAAAAUUCCUUCGUCUAUCUCUCCCUCUCCGUCUCUCUAUCUCUGUCUCGUUUCUCCUCAAAACAAAUAAUUACCGGCAGCAGCUGCCUGACUUUUUUUGCUGUGAUGUUGGAUUUAUUAUAACACAUAUGAAUGAAUGCCUAAUACAUAUUGCAGAAUAAUAAAUACUACAUGAACUCUCCAUUCAUUCACCAAUCAUCCGUCCAUACAUCCAUUCAUCCAUCUUGGCUUCUGUACUUACUGUGCUUAGAUUUCUUCAUGAACAAUUCUCAUUUCUCAUCAUUUUCAAUAAUCAGUUGGUUUUAUAUACACACUGACUCACUCACUCACACUCAAACACACACACACACACUCGUACAUACAUACAUACACUGUAAUAUGAGGCGGUAUGCUCAUAGUUUGUUUGUUUUUCUCUCCACCAAAAAAAUAAAAUACACUUCAAUUAAUUAUUUACUACACACAGGGCACAAUUUGAUUUUUCACAUUUCUACCAACAACAAUAACCGAAAAAUCUAGUUUUGUCAACUCGGAUGUGUGAGUGUGUGCGCGCGUACCUUGAAACACAAGACACCCAGUUGUGUGUGUGUGUACACCAAUCUCUCUCUUCACUCUCUUACUCUCAUGUUGUAAAGCUGUUUCUACACUAAUUUCUUUUUAUUAUACUAUUGAAUGAUUGGAACUAUAACAACAACAGGUAAAAACAAAUCAGACAAUACAAGGAAACUAACUAAAUGAACCAACUAUCCAACUUGACAUAUACAUCAAGAAUUAUUACUCAGAAUUCAUUUCUAUUUCUCAUAUAUAAAUAUAAAUAUAUAGGGUCAGUUUAAUUCAUAUUUUUUCAUAAAUAAAUACUUAAUCUAUAUAAAAAUAAUAAAUGCAUAUUUGUCUAUUUCUCUUUUACUCUCUCUUGUUCAUUACUCCUACCUACACAUUCACACUCACAAACACACACACACACAUACAUACACACUGGAACACAUCUACACACACAUUUAAACUUUUUCCCACAUUGUGUUUUAAGAAUGAUGAUUCUUUUGUGUGUUUCUAAUAGUUUUUUUUGUGUCUAUACUGUACUUCUUCGCCUUACUCUUCUUCUCCUACACACUCUCUCUCUCUGUGUGUUUUGUUUUUUUUGUUUUGUGGUGUGUUACAUUAUUCCUUUUUUUUUUAAGAAAAAAAAAUUAAAGAUCAAUUGACCAAGUAUAUUCUAUAAUACGUACGUAUACAUCUUAUAAAAAUUUAGUAAAAAUACUCAAUGAAUUCUUUUUUUUUAAUUUUAAAUUUGUAAUAUACAACCAUUUUUUUCGGU